AGUGAGAAUAGCCCCGUCUCCAGCUUUGUCGCCCACAUCCUGGCCAGCGACGCUGACAGCGGAUGCAACGCACUCCUCACCUUCAACAUCACUGCAGGCAACCGAGAGCGGGCCUUCUCCAUCAAUGCCACGACAGGGGUCAUCACUGUGAACCGGCCACUGGACCGCGAGCGGAUCCCAGAGUACAAGCUGACCAUUUCCGUGAAGGACAACCCGGAGAACCCACGCAUAGCCAGGAGGGAUUUUGACUUGCUGCUGAUCUUUCUGGCAGACGAGAAUGACAACCAUCCCCUCUUUACUGAGAGCUCCUACCAGGCAGAGGUGAUGGAGAACUCUCCCGCUGGGACCCCCCUCACGGUGCUCAACGGGCCCAUCCUGGCCCUGGACGCGGACCUGGACAUCUAUGCUGUGGUGACCUACCGGCUGCUGGGCUCCCAGAGCGCCCUCUUUGACAUCGACAACAGUACCGGCGUGGUGAUGGUGAGGUCAGGUGUCGUCAUUGACCGGGAAGCCUUCUCACCCCCGGUUUUGGAGCUGCUGCUGCUGGCUGAGGACAUCGGGCUGCUCAACGGCACAGCCGACCUGCUGGUCUCCAUACUGGAUGACAAUGACAACUGGCCCACCUUUAGCCCUCCCACCCUCACAGUCCACCUGCUGGAGAACUGCCCUGCAGGAUUCUCAGUCCUUCAGGCCACAGCCACGGACAGGGACAGUGGCCUCAAUGGAGAACUGAUCUACCGGAUAGAAGCUGGGGCUCAGGACCGCUUCAUCAUCCACCCAGUCACGGGGGUCAUCCGUGUCGCCAAUGCCACCAUCGACAGGGAGGAGCAGGAAUCCUACCGGCUGACGGUGGUGGCCGCCGACAGGGGCACCGUUCCUCUCUCAGGCACGGCCAUCAUCACUAUCCUCAUCGACGAUAUCAAUGACUCCCGCCCCGAGUUCCUCAACCCCAUCCAGACGGUGAGCGUGCUGGAGUCGGCUGAGCCAGGCACGGUCAUUGCCAACAUCACCGCCAUUGACCGCGACCUCAACCCAAAGCUGGAGUACCACAUCAUCGACAUCGUGGCCAAAGACGACACUGACCGCCUGGUGCCCGACCAGGAGGAUGCCUUUGCUGUGAACAUCAACACGGGGUCUGUAAUGGUGAAGUCCCCGCUGAACCGGGAGCUGGUUGCCACCUAUGAGGUCACUCUCUCAGUGAUUGACAAUGCCAGUGACCUACCAGAGCGCUCUGUCAGCAUGCCAAAUGCCAAGCUGACGGUCAACAUCCUGGACGUCAAUGACAAUACGCCCCAGUUCAAGCCCUUCGGGAUCACCUAUUACACAGAGCGGAUCCUGGAGGGGGCCACCCCAGGCACCACGCUCAUUGCUGUGGCAGCCGUGGACCCUGACAAGGGCCUCAAUGGGCUGAUCACCUACACUCUGCUCCACCUGAUGCCCCCAGGCUAUGUGCAGCUGGAAGACUCCUCGGCAGGGAAAGUCAUUGCCAACCGGACGGUGGACUACGAGGAAGUACACUGGCUCAACUUUACCGUGAGGGCCUCAGACAAUGGGUCCCCGCCCCGGGCAGCUGAGAUCCCUGUCUACCUGGAGAUUGUGGACAUCAAUGACAACAACCCCAUCUUUGACCAGCCCUCCUACCAGGAAGCCAUCUUUGAGGAUGUGCCUGUGGGCACGGUCAUCCUGACAGUCGCUGCGACUGAUGCCGACUCAGGCAACUUUGCCCUCAUUGAGUACAGCCUCGGGGACGGAGAGGGCAAGUUCGCCAUCAACCCCACUACGGGUGACAUCUAUGUGCUAUCCUCUCUGGACCGGGAGAAGAAGGACCACUAUAUUCUGACCGCCUUGGCCAAAGACAACCCUGGGGAUAUAGCCAGCAACCGCCGAGAAAAUUCGGUGCAGGUGGUGAUCCAGGUGCUAGACAUCAAUGACUGCCGGCCACAGUUCUCCAAGCCCCAGUUCAGCACAAGCGUGUAUGAGAAUGAGCCGGCAGGCACCUCGGUCAUCACCAUGAUGGCCAGCGACCAGGAUGAGGGCUCCAAUGGGGAGCUGGCCUACUCGCUUGAGGGCCCUGGCGUGGAGGCCUUCCUCGUGGACAUGGACUCAGGCCUGGUGACCACGAAGCGGCCACUGCAGUCCUACGAGAGGUUCAACUUGACGGUGGUGGCCACGGAUGGCGGACAGCCCCCACUCUGGGGCACCACCAUGCUCCUGGUGGAGGUCAUCGACGUCAAUGAUAACCGCCCAGUCUUCGUGCGCCCACCCAAUGGCACUGUCCUCCGCAUCAGAGAGGAGAUCCCGCUGCGCUCCAAUGUCUAUGAGGUCUACGCCACAGACAAGGAUGAGGGCCUCAACGGGGCCGUGCGCUACAGCUUCCUGAAGACGGCGGGCAACCGUGACUGGGAGUACUUCACCAUUGACCCCAUAAGCGGCCUCAUCCAGACGGCUCAGCGCCUGGACCGCGAGAAACAGGCCGUGUACAGUCUCAUCCUGGUGGCCAGCGACUUGGGUCAGCCAGUGCCAUACGAGACCAUGCAGCCACUGCAAGUGGCCCUGGAGGACAUUGACGACAAUGAGCCUCUCUUUGUGAGGCCCCCGAAAGGCAGCCCUCAGUACCAGUUGCUGACAGUGCCUGAGCACUCCCCACGUGGCACCCUCGUGGGCAACGUGACGGGAGCCGUGGAUGCAGAUGAGGGCCCCAACGCCAUCGUGUACUACUUCAUCGCAGCCGGCAACGAAGAGAAGAACUUCCGUCUGCAGCCUGACGGGCGUCUGCUGGUGCUGCGGGACCUGGACCGGGAGCGCGAAGCCCUCUUCUCCUUCAUCGUCAAGGCCUCAAGCAAUCGCAGCUGGACGCCUCCCCGUGGGCCCUCCCCAGCCCUCGACUUGGGCACCGACCUCACCCUGCAGGAGGUGCGCGUCGUGCUGGAAGACAUCAACGACCAGCCCCCGCGCUUCACCAAGGCUGAGUACACUGCAGGAGUGGCCACCGAUGCCAAGGUGGGCUCAGAGUUGAUCCAGGUGCUGGCCCUGGAUGCAGACAUUGGCAACAACAGCCUCGUCUUCUACAGCAUCCUGGCCAUCCACUACUUCCGGGCCCUUGCCAAUGACUCUGAGGAUGUGGGCCAGGUCUUCACCAUGGGGAGCGUGGAUGGCAUCCUGCGUACCUUUGACCUCUUCAUGGCCUACAGCCCUGGCUACUUUGUGGUGGACAUUGUGGCCCGGGACCUGGCAGGCCACAAUGACACGGCCGUCAUUGGCAUCUACAUCCUGAGGGACGACCAGCGUGUCAAGAUUGUCAUUAAUGAGAUCCCCGACCGUGUGCGUGGCUUUGAGGAGGAGUUCAUCCGCCUGCUCUCCAAUAUCACCGGUGCCAUCGUCAACACUGACGACGUGCAGUUCCACGUGGACAAGAAGGGUCGGGUGAACUUCGCACAGACAGAGCUGCUCAUCCAUGUGGUGAACCGUGAUACCAACCGCAUCCUGGACGUGGACCGGGUGAUCCAGAUGAUUGACGAGAACAAGGAGCAGCUGCGGAACCUCUUCCGGAACUACAACGUCCUGGACGUGCAGCCUGCCAUCUCUGCCCGGCUGCCCGACGACAUGUCAGCCCUGCAGAUGGCGAUCAUUGUCUUGGCCAUUCUCCUCUUCCUGGCUGCCAUGCUGUUCAUCCUCAUGAACUGGUACUACAGGACCGUACACAAGAGGAAGCUCAAAGCAAUUGUGGCUGGCUCGGCAGCACUUCUCCCUACAGGGAAUCGUGGUUUCAUUGACAUCAUGGACAUGCCCAACACCAACAAGUAUUCCUUCGAUGGGGCCAACCCCGUGUGGCUGGAUCCUUUCUGCCGGAACCUGGAGCUGGCCGCCCAGGCAGAGCAUGAGGAUGACCUGCCAGAGAGCCUGAGUGAGAUCGCUGACCUAUGGAACAGCCCCACCCGCACCCAUGGGACUUUUGGGCGUGAGCCAGCAGCAGUCAAGCCUGAUGAUGACCGGUACCUGCGCGCAGCCAUCCAAGAGUACGACAACAUUGCCAAGCUGGGCCAGAUCAUUCGGGAGGGCCCCAUCAAGCUGAUCCAGACUGAGCUGGAGGAGGAGCCAGGGCAGCGCAGCCCCAGCCAGGGCAGCCUGCGCUUCCGCCACAAGCUGCCGACGGAGCUCAAGGGCCCCGACGGGAUCCACGCGGUGCACGGCAGCACGGGCACGCUGCUGGCCACUGACCUUAACAGCCUACCCGAAGACGACCAGAAGGGCCUGGGUCGCUCGCUGGAGACACUGACCACCGCGGAAGCCGGCGCCUUUGAGCGCAACGCCCGCACAGAAUCCGCCAAAUCGACGCCCCUGCACAAGCUUCGGGACGUGAUCCUGGAGAGCCCCCUGGAGAUCACAGAGCUAUGACCAGACGGGGGCGUCGCUGGUGUGAGCGGCUCCUGUCCCCCGUCUCUCCCAGGGCAGGACCACAGUGCGGGCCCCUUCCCAGGCUGGCUCUGGGCGUACCACUGCGGGCUGGCCUGGGGGCAGCCCACGCGGCUGCUGAGUCCACCUCUGCCAGACGCCCAUUCAGCACCUGACCUCUAUCUUCACAGAAUUUGUUAUUUUUUUAAGAAAACCAAACAAAAAUGUUAAGCAUCUAAGGACAAAGGUAAGGAGGGUCGCUGGGGACCCGGGAGUCUGAGGACCAACUCCGCCCAGGCCGAGCUCCAUGAGGCCAGGCAGGCCCUUUCCCUCCCCUCCCCACACCCCUGUCCUUGCCUCCCCUCGACUCUCAGCACCAGAAGAGGGGGAGCCCAGAGUGGGCAUACCCUGCCUGGCCUCCCUGACUCCGGUUCAAGUCCCAGUGCAUUUCUAGCACAUCCCCAGCUGGACAUCCGGCUAGGGGCCGAGUGAUCCCUGGCCCCCCACAUGGACAUGGUCAACGUCCGCGAACAGCGUUCUCUACAUUUCCCUGGCUUCCUAUGUGCCCAGCUCAUCAAGAGAAAUGACUGGUGUUCCCCUGGGUUCUGAAUGUAGGGUGUUUGUUUGUGUGUAUUCCUUUUUUAAGUUAUUCCUUCAACAUGUUCCCCUUGAUUUUGUUUAACUGGUACUCACUGAACGCUUCUGGAAUGGUCUGAAUUUUAAAUAAGAAAAGCAACUCACAAGGAACCGGCAAUUCAAUUCCUUCAGUUUUAGCUCUGGCUCUGGUAAAC